CGGCCAUCCAUGGCUCCGGCUGCGCGUCUCCUUGCAGUCCCCGAGCACCCGCCUCCCCCAAUCCAUGGAGGGAGGGCCUCACCUUCACCCCAUCCCAACUUCUCCUCGGUCGGUCUAGGAAGACGGCCACGGUGAAGAUGUGGGGACGAUUAGGUCGCCAAUCUGACCUCCAGGCUCCAGCUCCAGCUCCAGCUCCAGCUCCAGGGGGAGCCCCGCCCGCAAAUGCAGGGGUCGAGCAAGACCAGAGAACAGUAGGGGCGGAGCUGCAUCCGUCGUCCUGGUGGCUGGUGUGGACAAGCAGUGCGGGCGACGGAAUCGGCGGGCGGGAGAAGUUCGCCGCGGUGCCAUCGCGAGGCGAGAUGUGGAGGGCGAUCUGUUGGUCGCCUGCCCGGAGCUACUUGUGCCGACGUCCAUGGGCGGCUGAUGCAGGCAUCUUCCAGCGAGUACCUUCCCGAGCUCCUUCCGGCCACAACGUUCACAACCCGCUGCUUCCAGCCACCUCAACGACAUUCUUCCGCUCGGGGAGGCGACCACAUGCAGGAGUCGAGCAAGACCAGGGAAGGGUAGGGGCGGAGCUGCAUCAGUCAUCCUGUUGGCUGGUGUGGACAAGCAGUGCGGGCGACGGCAUCGGCGGGCGGGAGAAGUUCGCUGUGCAAGCAUGGCGCAGCGAGACGUAGUGGGCGAGCUGCUGGUCGCCUUCCCGGAGCUACUGAUGGCGUCCAUGGGGAGCUGCUGUCGGCGUCUUGCGGCGAUUACCUCCGCGAUCUCCUUCUUCUAGCCACCAUGUCCGCAACCCCCUGCUGCCAGCCACCUCAACGACAUGCUUCUG